AUUCGAUGAAGAUAAGUUACACAUGAAGUUACUUAGUAGAUCGAUGAAGAUUUAAGUUAUACAUAGAUACACAUGAAGUAGUAGUAGAAAAGGUAAAAAACACAACUGUUUCACUGCCGGUUCAGGUCAGCUUCAUCAUUGAAGAAAGUACCUAAGAAGAAAAGACCAUCACCAUGUCGCCCCCUUCUGGUGGUGGCAUCACAGCCAGCCACGUCGAUUUCAAAUUCGGUGGACGCAAAAAGGACGCCUGGAAGCUGAUAAAAGAAGCAUUGGAAAAAGCCUCCAUCAAGAAUGCAGAGGCAUUGCGGGAUACUUUGUUGAUUUUAAGGCACUCGUAAAUUCAGAGAUGAAGUUAUACAACAUACUAAACGCAAAUACUCGAACAUCAGCUCGUCGUCCUUGAAGAACAUCUACCCCCUCAUUCCCUCAUCUCUAAUCCGCGUAGCCGAGCUUGCGGGCUCGUUAAAGCGGCCUGAUCAAUUUGCGGGAGUGCCUAGUCUUCUGCGGCAAGUAGAGCAGAUCGACCCGAAGUUGUACGACAAAAUCUUUCCGACAAUCCUCCCCAAGAUCCAAGAGUGGGCAAGGCAAUUUCCAACUCACUUCUCAGAACCUGUGCCAAUACUGAGAGCGGGGAAAGCGGGAAAGGUAGAUUUUUCUACACUAAGUUUUUUCACAACUCGGAAUUUCUAUUGAAAAUUUCAGAACUCGGAGUGUCUAUUAAUAAAAGUAAGAAACGGAUGUUCAUCCUGUUCUUGCUGUACUAGUAGGAUUGCGUACUAAGACGUUGAUAAAAAAAUCUCCAAAUCUAUCUAAACUACUCUUAUGAAACAACAGAUCAGCCUCAGCGAAAAACAAUGCGUUUAUCUCUUGGCAGCAGCUUUCUUUUGCAUCCUUCCCGAGCCGCUCACGGAUUCGGUACAUCCAAUAUUGACAAGGUCUUUUUCUGGAACCAAAAUCUAUCAUGUUGAUGCUUCGCAAGAACGUCACGUUGAAGUAUCGCUGGUGCUUGAUAUGGCAAGAAUUCGUAAUCAAUCCUAUCCUCCAUCCAGAUCCAAACCCUGAACUUCCGAAAAUUUUUUCGCGGCGAAGAGCACACACAAGCGCACAAACUGUGUGCCGUUCUGCGGUAUUUUGAGGAGCAUACAGCGCAGUUGAGGCCUAACUUUGAGCGAGAGGAAGAUGAGGAGCCUGAUGCCUUUAAGGAAAGACAGAAAGAAUUUCGGCAAAACGUGUACUCAAGAUGGGCAUCACGCUCAAUAGAGCUGAUCAGGUGUAAAGCGCCUAGCCAACACGGGCACGGCAGCUCAUCGAGUAGCUCAUCUUCGCCAUCGAGGAGAAGGGGACCGAGGUAUAUUACCCAUGACUAGAACUAGCGUAGAAGUAGAUGGUAUCUAGAACUCGUCCAAGAGCAAAUGCACAUCCUAUCCUUGACCUUGAAUGAUUACCAUCUAGUAGAAAUAGAACUACGUUAGAGUACAACUUGAUUCAAAAAUCAAAAUGCAAUAGCCCCCCUCUCGAACAACCAAAACCCAGAAUAGUCGAAGAGUACAUUGGCGUCGAUAUGACCUAUUGGUCCGCCACGGAGUGCAAAUUGUCGACCAAAGUGAGGUUUGUAGAGAACGACGUGGAAGGUCCAACUGACGAGACCGAAAUAGUGCGUGCUAUGGAGCUGCAGACAGCGAGAUAUGGAGGAGACUUUCUUGGACAAGGAUACGAAGCCGUGGAGAGCUUUUUUUGUGCGCAUUUUCAGGGCAUAGCGUUCCUCCUUUUCGUGGAGAAGAUGGAUUUCGCAAAAGAGGUUGUGACACUGCGGUCUGUCCGAGCGACCUGCGACAUGGCGGAGAGAUUUAGGUAUGUGCCGAGAGAGGAGGGGUAUCCAGAACCGAGACCGCUUAGUGCGAGCGCAGGCGAUGCGGGAGAGGGAGGGGAUGGAAGUACAGCUACACACUCACUUCAUCUUCUUGUGAUGGCUUUAUUAUAAGCUUUUUCUUUUUGUGGGAUGACGAGUCGUAUGGACAGAUCUACACGUUAUCUCUCGCGAAGCCGUUGCACCUAGCAACUUGGCAUGAAUGACGCCCUUGAGCUUGAACUUGAGUCGUGGGCGCCCUAAUCAUUGUUCGAGUACUCCCUGCUCCUUGACCUCUACUAGGUACCGCCUCGACCUCCUCCAUGAUCCCGUUUGAAGUUGUUUCCUGUAUCUUCUCGAAAAAGCAAGCGACACCGCAGACCCUAGACACUAUCAAAGCCGCCUUGGGGCCACGACCUUUCACACCAGACAGAGUCGAGGAACCGCAAGUGCAGCCUCCUAGCGACGAUGGAGGAGGUGACACGGACCCCUCAAAUCACGCAGGAUCAUCGGGGGGAGCAUCGAGCGUGGUAUGAUCCUUGUUUGGGAAUUUCAUUUUCUUGGUCAGAAUGAUUCUUGUCUUUGUUUGUCACAGGAUCAUCUAGGCUCUCGUCCAUUUUCAAUUGCAAGUGCAUGUGGUUGAUGAAGAUAAAAGAAAGGAAGUCUUUGUACUUCUAUUCAAGAAAUAAAUUCGUAACUAACUAAUGAAAGCGCCUACAAUCUAAACAAUUCCUCACCCUUCGUAUUAGGACUACACUUCUAAUAUUUAUUGUGACAAUGACAAACCAUACCCACAGCAAAAACCGGCUCGACCAGCGACGCCAAGCGGCGAAGAGUUUUUUCCUGAGAAGAAGAGGAGAGUCGUCAUCCUUCCUUACUCUUUUUUGUUAUGGCAGCAAUGUAACAAGAACAACAUGCAAGUGCGUCGUGAACAAGUGUUUUGAUUUCAUUAAAAUUGUCUGAGGAAAGUAUUCUAGUUCCCUGCUGCAGUAAACAGGAGUGCAUCGCCUUGACAUCCCACGUCCGAUGCACUCCUGUUUACUGCAGCCCGAUCAAUUUGCGGGAGCAUCAAGCCCUCUUACGAUUGAGUAACCUCCUCAUAUCUGAGGAGGAAGGUAAAAGAGCUUCUAACGGUCUCCGCUUUCGCCGGAAGCUCGACGCAGCAACAGUUAGCUUGGGUGCUCUACUGGUGGCUGGUUUGUUCCGAGAGUGGUAUAUCAGAACUUCGGGUCUGUCCAUCACGGACUCAAUUUCAAAUCGAAGAGUCAGCCAAGCUAGGACCAGGCACUGAGAAAAGCGGUAUCGAGGGACGGCAAACGCUGAGUGAGGUAUUGAUUUUUCUAGGUCGAAUAGGAAUAAGGAGACGUCGUCUUAUCGAAAAAAAAGAUGUUAUAAUGUUUUGUAGAAGUUGGUAGAACCACAACCAUGCUCACUCCCAGUCAAUUUCUCGUGUGAGCAAUCUCGAUAUGAGAAUCUCGAUUACAUUGGCAUUAAAUAUCAAAUUCAUCCACCAGGCCUUCGACAAGAUAGUUGAUCUCUUCCACGCCAAAAACGUGAGGGGGGGCCUCCUCUACGCUCUGUUGCACGAAUACCGAAACGCCAAAAUUGAGCGGGAUGCUCUUUCUACUUGGCUUCAGACCACGCUGCUCUACGGGAACUAGCCGAUUCGUUCGGUUGUUUCUGAGUUCAGGCGCACAGUAGUUGCGAUCAUAUAGUUUUUCCUUUUUUUUCAGAUGAUUCCAAGACUUCAUCAGGUACUCUAUCAAACUACAAGAAGCAGUAUACAGGGUUAAGGUUUAACUUCCUAGUACUACCUGCCCAAUUAGGCAAAAUCAUUUGAGGAUCCCCAUUGAUUUCUUAACAGUUCUGCAACAUGCACGCUUUACGUGCAGCAUGAGAACCUACAAGAAUCAAUGAUGAUGAUAUUAAUGUUUGUUCCUACAAAAACCUGGCAUUCGGAAAUUAAAAAAGCUUCGUUUAAAUUCU